GCCAUAGCCUUGGAAAGCAGUGUCCAGCUGCAUGGCUUCCAGAUGCCCCUUCAUUGUGAAUGCAAAGCCUGGCAGAGGAGGCUGAAGGACCUUUGCAAAACUGCAAAUCCCAAGAUCCCCAUUAAGAGGGGGAGCCAUAGCCCUGGAAAGCAAUGUCCAGCUGCAUGGCUUCCAGAUGCCCCUUCACUGUGAAUGCAAAACCUGGCAGAGGAGGCUGAAGGACCUUUGCAAAACUACAAACCCCAGGAUCCUCAUUAAGGGGGGGGGGAGCCAUAGCACUGGAAAGCAAUGUCCAGCAGCAUUGCUUCCAGGUGUCUUUUGCAAAACUAUAGAUCCAAAGCAGUGUCCAGCUGCAUUGCUUCCAGGUGCCCCUUUACAGUGAAUGCAAGGUGAGGCUGCUGAAGGACCUUUGCAAAACUACAAACCCCAGGAUCCCUAUAGUAGGGAAAGGCAUUGCAAUUGAGCUCCGCCCACCCAGUUCUGCAAGGUCAGGGAAGCCCCGCCCAUCCUGUGUCUACGUCACAAAGGAUCCCCCCUCUGGGCCACGUGACUUUCUGCUGGGCAGCUGGUGGCUUUGCAGGACUUUGCAGAGGAGCCCUAAGGAAGGAUCUAGGAUGGGGCUGGCCAGCCAGAGGGUCCUCCUCCCAAGGCUGGUGGCCUCCCUGCGGCCGCUCAGCACAGCGGCAGCUACUGCUUUCCCCAAACAUGUGAAAAUCGUUGAGGUCGGCCCAAGAGACGGAUUGCAGAACGAAAAGAACGUCGUCCCCACGCAAGUGAAGAUCGACUUCAUAAACAUGUUGUCGGAAACAGGUCUUUCGGUCAUAGAAGCGACCAGUUUUGUGUCUCCCAAAUGGGUCCCACAGAUGGCGGACCACAGUGAAGUCAUGCAAGGCAUCCAGAAGGUCCCUGGGAUCAGCUAUCCUGUCCUGACCCCCAACCUCAAGGGCUUUGAAGCAGCGGUGGCAGCAGGAGCCAAGGAAGUGUCCAUCUUUGGAGCAGCCUCCGAACUUUUCACAAAGAAGAACAUCAAUUGCUCCAUCGAUGAAAGCUUGGAGAGGUUUAGUGAUGUCCUGCGUGCGGCAAAGGAAGCCAGCAUCCCCGUCCGAGGGUACGUCUCCUGUGUCCUUGGCUGCCCUUAUGAAGGGAAGAUUGCUCCUGCGAAGGUGGCUGAGGUAGCAAAGAAAAUGUACGCAAUGGGGUGCUAUGAGAUUUCUCUUGGCGAUACCAUUGGCGUCGGGACUCCUGGCAGCAUGAAGGAAAUGCUUUCUGCGGUCGUGAAAGAGGUGCCCGUCGGGGCUCUUGCUGUUCAUUGCCACGAUACCUAUGGCCAGGCUCUUGCCAACACGCUGGUCGCACUUCAGAUGGGUGUCAGUGUGGUUGAUUCUUCGGUUGCUGGCCUUGGAGGCUGCCCUUAUGCGCAAGGAGCAUCUGGGAAUGUUGCGACUGAAGACAUGGUCUACAUGCUUCAUGGUCUUGGCAUCCACACAGGUGUGGACCUCUCCAAGCUUCUCGAUGCUGGCACCUUUAUCUGCAAAGCGCUGAACCGGAGGACAAAUUCCAAAGUAGCACAAGCCUCUUGCAAACUCUGACUUGGCCCAGUGCCUUUGUGGGACUUCUUGGAAGCAGAACCGCAGUCUGGAACCUGUCCUACGUGUCCUCGGUCACCUAACUUUACUUGAAGCACUCUCCAGAGGAUGGCCAGUGAGGUGAAAGGAAGACGGGAACCAGAUUUUACUGCGGAAAGAGAAGCACUACUGACAUGUAGCACUAUAGAUCUGUCACCUGUGGGAUACCUUGGGCAUCUUUGAAAAGGAUUCUUUCUGGUGUUGCAGAACACAUUAGUUUACUAUGAGGCAUACUGGAUUCUGCAGUUAUGGAAGGGGUGGAAAGCAAUACUAGACUCCCUCCCUGCCAAUCCCAAUUGCAAGGCAUACCUUACUCACCCUCCACUUUGCCUCUUUUUGGGGAGCUAAUCUAAUCUGUGGUCUAAUCCAAGUUGUCUGUCCAAGAUAACUCUCUCCUAGACCAGCCUUCCAUCAUCUCUAGCACCUGUAUCUCAACCAGGUCCCCAACCCAGACGUUCAUCCUUAGUAAGGCCUGUAGAGACUACCCAUCGUCCCCUGCUCCUCCGGUCAAGUCUUGGUGAAAGGUGUGCCAUUUCCAUCUUGAGCCAUCCUCAGAUCAUGGAUAAAAAGUAUAAGCUGAGAUGCCUCCUUUUGGCAAGUGUGAAGGCAGUGGUCCACCUGAACCUAGUUUUGGGCUGCAAAUCACCCCAGUUGAUUUAUCCUUGCUUUGUUAGACCCAGUGACUUGGCCAUAUUUUCCCGAAACCAAAAGGAUUAUUCUCUUUUCACAAUGGUUCCUCUAGUCCAUCUGCAGCCCCAUUUCCAAGGGCUGAUGGCCUUUCAUUGACCAUCUUCUGGGCUCUGAACAUGAGACCAUAUUGAAGAAACAGCCCUUGAGUUAUCAGAUGUCUGUUAAGUGCCUUCGUCUCAUUUUGGGAAUAGGUCCCACGGCUAUUAAUCUGUUUUAGCCAAAAGCAGGAAUAGUGUAAAUAGUGUAUGCAGACAUACAUUGACUUUAACAUUUAGUUGUGACUGUAUCCCACCCUGGGAUUGUUCCUUCGUCAGUGAAGUAUUUUGUUAUGUGUAUGACUUGGGUUUGUAUGAACCCUGCCUCGAAAGAGAAGGGCAAAACAAUGUCCCGCGUAGAUGGGCAUUAAGCAUACAUAAUAGGCUAUAUUUCAAAGGAAGGAAUUGGCAAAACAAUCUCUGAGUAUUCUUUCCCUAAAAAAAAAUCCUAGCAAAUUUAUGGUAUCGCCAUAAAUCAAUAGACGACUUGAAGGCACUGAUGCACACAAAGUCUAGAUGCUUUCUUUUACCAAACAGAAAUGAAAGCUGAUGGUUGACCCAAGGGCCAUGUGCACCAUCUUGCCUUCUUUGGGAGACUGGCGUAAUAUAAUUUUGCAUGCAAUGUCAUGUGCAUGUUCAAAAUGUUGUUUAGUUGUAUGAGAAUAGGCUAAGGAGUGCUGGAUAGGAAGCCUAAGACUCAUGAAGUCACCAAAUAUAGUGGGAAAAUUGGGGAAUUGAAAACAGGGCUCUGUUCUCUGCCCUCUAAAAUACUACAUGUCUCUACGCAUAGAUCCAUCCAACGCAUAUAAUAUUAACAAAUGCUUCCAGCCAUUCCUUUCUGCUGGGAUCUACAUUUUGGGAGUACUUUAUUAACUUAUGGAAGAAUGUUAUCGAAGGCAGGGGGAUGUAUGUUGUUCCUUCUCAACCUAAGUCGGCUCUCUAAGAGGAAAAUAAACCUAAUUUAAAUUCCUUUUACUGUUCCACCUUUUAUUCGCUGUCCGCUGUUCCCUUAUGUCCAAGCGUUGUCCCCUUUGUUGCUUUGACAAAAGCCUUGAAAGGCAAUCCAAAUGGGAAGAUGUGCCUGAACAAAUGUAUUUUAUUUUUUAAAAUAUUUAAAAUAAAGUUGAUUUAAAAUGCA